AUGGUGCUUCCCUUGGUGAAUCUUUGUGCCAAAGAGGUUGUGAGUGAUCACAGUUCCUCUCCGGGUUGGCUUGGUUGUGUACCCAGGGAACUGUACAGACCGCUUCUGGAGGCUGCCUUCACCAACUGCCGCCCGCUGGCUGUCGGAGAAUUGGUUCAGCGAUGGCCCGAGCGGACUCUGCGUGUUGGCGGCCGGAAGAGGCAGGGGCAGAGUCCCCCAAAUCGACUCUGUGUCCAGGCUCUCUUGCUCGCGGUGGUCAGAGGAUUGUCGGACAAAAGGUAACACAUAAUGAAUCUUUGUUAGUUUACUUCUCUGAAACAACAUUAUCCAGCAAUGUUAAUGAGUCUUUGAAUAAUGGAAACAAAAUACUGUUUAAUAGUAAGAUCAAUCGACAACUUCACAGCCUACAAUCUCCCAAUGUCAUAGAGAUAGCUCACUUCUAAGAUGGUAGACAUCCAUGGGCACCAGACAAUCUUUGUCCAUGUAAUCACUUCUCUAUUCCUCUUCUCUAUUCCAAAGGUGUGCUCUCCAGGUGCUGGACCUAUGUGGGCUGCAGUGUGAGGAAGGAGGAGUGGGAGACCCCAUGGGUGGUUGGUCUCUGACUGUGGCCCUCUGCACCAUGGUUGUACAGGCCAGGGCCGGAGCUCAGAGGGCCCUCAGGAGAGAGGGGGAACGGGAAAGGAAGAGAGUGCUGGCCAUGGAAAGGGAGAGAGACGUGGUCAAACGGGAAAGAGGAGGAGGAGAAAAGCGAGGCUUUGAGGAAGAAGAAGGAGAGGGAGGCGGGCUGCUGGUGGAGUCUGUGAGAAGAGAGAAAAAGGAAACGUCGGGGUGUCUGAGGGAGGACAAGCAGGUGAAAGGGGUGAGGAGGAGGAUGGAAAUGGAGAGGAGAAAGGCGAGUGCAGCAGUGGCAGGUCUGGCAGGUGGCAAAGUGGGCGAGGGGGAGGGGGAGGCAGACUCUGAGGCAGAUAGCGAGGUGGUGGUGUGUGUGAGGGCUGACCUCUUUGUCAACGCCCGUUCCUGGGAGCGUGUGCGCGCAGCCCUUGGCACGGCAGACCCCCUCAAGUUACUGUGCAGGUAUGUCCGUGUGGAGGAGCUCUCCGUCUCCAGCAUCGGAUCUCUGCUGGACCUCCUACCCCGUCAUGUCCUCCUGGGGGUGGACAUCCGCUACAGCUGCCUGGGGGUGGCCGGCCUGGCUCUCCUCCUCCCUCAGCUCUCCAUGUUCCCCAUGCUGAGCUCCCUGCGCCUGCACUAUUGCAACCUGGACAUCCGCAGAGACAUGGCCGGCCAGGAGGGGGCAAUGAAGGACUUGUCCCAGGGGCUGGGGAAGCUCAGUCAGCUGCGCCGCCUCAGCCUCACUGCCCUCCGGCUGCCUGGACACCUCUGCAUGCUGCUCAGGUAGGACAAGCUCUCCACUGUCUCCAGCAUGUGGUCUGUAAAGAUGGAGGUUGUGUUUGCAUAUUCUCAUGAACAGCUUGAACUGUGUCUCAUGUAUUUGUUCCCUCUCCCACUUGUUCCCCAUCCUCCUACUUGUUCCCCGUUCCCCAGCUCUUUCUCCCAGCCGCUGGAGGUGCUGGAGCUUCCCUACCUGAGCCUGACCCAUGCCGACCUCUCCUAUCUAUCCUGCAGCCCGCACGCCUCCUCGCUGCAGCAACUGGACCUGAGUGAGAACAGGCUGGAUGAGUCGGCCUUGCCCUCGGUGCGUCGCCUCCUCUCCCAGGCGUCCAGCUGCCUCAUGCAACUCUCCCUGAGCGGCUGUGGCCUCACCGACAGCCUGUUGGCGGCGAUGCUCCCGUCGCUCAGCUGCUGCCGGGGCCUGAAGAGCCUGGGCCUCGCCUUGAACCCGCUCUCCCUGGCUGGGCUCCUGGACCUGGUGAGGACAGCGGUCAGGAUGCCCUCCCUCCGACAGCUGCUGUACCCCAAUCCCCUGGAGGACUACCAGCCUGGGCUGCCCCCCAUGCCCUCCAGUGCCCAGCUGCUGGACUGGCCCUUGGAUGAGCUGGUGGAGGUCCACGAGGCCACUAGUCUCCAACUGGACAGGGUGGUGAUGGAGAGUGGCCGCUCUGACCUGUUCCUGACCUGCGACCUGCUCAACUACAACAAAGACUUGGUGGAGCAGUGA